CUUAAAUAGACUUAGUCAGGUUUAGCCAGCGCACUGCUUCGAUGGUUGAUGAUUUCGUCUCGGAAUUUACUUUUACGUCUGACUAUUUCGAAAGAAAUUAGAACACUAUUUAUCAACAAAAAGCUAAAAUAUCUCUCGUUGGAUUAAAACACCUCAUGUAGAUAUAUGCGUCUUAAAUACUCUACGACAUUUGAACAGCACAUUACUCGACGUAUAUUACAUAUGAGUCUUAAUUAAACUAUCCAGGCGCAAAUAUACGUUCAUUAGUGACCAUCUUUGAAAUCGCGAACACAAAGUCGAAAACCGAGCGCUGCCGAUUCACCUUUGUAUUUUGUGUUACACAUUUCUCACACUAUGGGGACGUACCGUUUCUUUAUAGUUUUUUUGAUAGCUGUAACGUACGCGCAUGUUACGUUUGGCGAUGCGGCGACGAACAGUCAAUAUACGUUAUGCGCCACUAAUGAAUGUAUAAACUCAGCUUCGGAGAUUUUAUCGAAACUCGAUCGUACCGUUGAUCCUUGUGACAAUUUUUACAAAUUUGCCUGUGGCGGAUGGUUACAAAAUAACCGAGCAAAUCAGUCAUUUCCAAAAAUUGACUUUUUCUCAGUGCUCACAAGAAAAACAGCGAAUCAGCUUCGAGAAAUGUUAGAAGCAUCGAAUAAGCCAGGUGAUACUAUGUCUUUGCUAAAAGCGAAACAUGUAUUCGCGCAGUGCAUGGAAGAUAGUGAACCAGUCGGUAGAAGUAACUUGAGCGCUAUUGUAAAUAGUUACGGCGGAUGGCCAAUAGUUAUGUCUCAUCACGAUUGGAAUAAGAAAAAUUUGACGUGGCAAGAUAUUAGCACCAUUAUACAUGAAAAACAGUUUGACAACGGUCUUUACAAUAUAUACGUGUUUAUAGAUAGCAAGAUGUCCAACAGUAACGUUAUCUAUAUUCUUGAACCUCCAUUUUCUGCAUCUCAAGACGACAUAAUUAAGCUGAACAACACUGUUUCACGAAACGAAAGCGCUAACUCCGACAUCGUAAGCUUUGCGAAACGUCUCAUAGAAGAAACUGGCCAAAUCGUCGAGAUGGAUAAUCUUAUUCAAGACGCACUUGACAUGUUACAGUUUGAGAUGGAACUGGCUAACUUAACAAGCACCGAGGAAAACCUGAUAGACGUUGAUAAAUAUUACAUUCCGUUAACAAUUCAACAAUUACAAGAAGAGUACGACAAGAAACAUCCCGGAAUGAAUGGGAAGAUAGACUGGCAUUCAAGUAUUCAGGAAGUGUUUGCAUCGGAAGGAAUCGCGAUUGAACCGUCUGAAAAGAUCAUCGUUCCAGCGUAUAAAUAUCUCACCAAUUUGGUACCGUUGUUAGAGCGAACACCGUCACGUACUAUUGUUAAUUUCAUGAUAUGGACUGUAAUCAAAAAGUUUUCUGACUAUAUCAAACCACAGAAAGUAAACAGUAUCGCUAUAAUGAACGUGGUCAGUGAACAAUCGGGAGAAAAUGAUACAAAGUGGAUAAGUUGCAUAAACAAACCCAACUUAAAAUCUGCUAUUUCGCAUGAAUACAUCAAGAAAUACGUAUCGUUCGAAAACAUACAGGACAUCAAAGAAAUAACUACGGACAUUAAAGACGCCAUUCGUCAACAAAUACAAAACGUCACAUGGAUGGACGAGCCUACAAGAGUGGCGUCUCUCGAGAAACUCGAGUAUAUGAGGCACGAAUUUUUUAAGCCCGACUGGUACAGCGACGAAGCUAUUGACGGAUAUUACGAAGACCUGAACAUCACUAUGGGAUAUCUGGACAAUAUCAUAAAUAUAUUGAAAUUCGAAAGAAAGAAAAGGAUAAACUUGCUAAGGACACCCGCAGACAAAAAACAAUGGUUUUUUGAACCGACAAAUCCGCAGGCAUACUACUCCCAGUACAUCAAUAAAAUCGUUUUUACUGCUGCUUUAUUACAAAAUCCUCUAUAUGACAGAAAUCGUGUUGCGUUAAUGAACUAUGGAACGCUAGGAUUUUGUGCAGGACAUGAAAUGAAUCACGCCUUCGAUCAUAUGUAUCGUAAGCACGACAAAAAUGGCAAUGCUAUAAAAUGGUGGACACAAAAGACUAUCGAUGAGUACGAAAUUAUAACGCAAUGUUUCAUCGACCAAUACAACGAGUAUCUGGUUCCGAAUCUAGAAGAUAUUCGUGUGAACGGACGACGGACGCUCGGAGAGAAUAUAGGCGAUUCUGCUGGAAUUGUUGCUGCAUAUUACGCGUACAAGAACAGAAAAGCAAGAUUGAAUGAAACAAAAUGGCGACUGCAAGGACUGGAGGAUUACAGCGAAGAUCAGAUCUUCUUCUUGUCUGCAGCUCAAUUAUUCUGCGAAACUGCCAUGCCGGAACAGAUAAAGGAAAGUGUGUCGGACGAACAUCCUGGAAACGAAAUUAGGAUUCGCGGCAGCUUUUCAAACUUUCGUGAAUUCUCCAAAAUUUACAACUGCUCCCCGGAAAAACCAAUGAAUCCCGAAAACAAGUGCGCACUUUGGUACUAAAUCGACGAAUCAAAUAAUAAAGAGAGAGAGAGAGACGUAUGGAAGCAUUUUAACGACAAAAUUGUAAACGCGGUUUUCUUUCUUUUUUUAAGCAAACAAUUCCUUUGUAAUAAUACAUAAAGAACAUCAGAUAUGUAAUAUAUCAGUGCUUGUUAAAAAAAAAAUAUACA